GUCUGCUUCAACACUUUUGCACCUGGACAUUGAUCUGACUCUCACAAGAGAACAGCAAGACUAGUACCGGCGCCUUGAUCCCAUCGACGACAGCAUGACCAAGCCACGGAUCGCCUUUUUUGGACUGGGCGCUAUGGGCCUGCACAUGGCUCGCAAGCUGCAGUCUGCAGACUACGAUGUGCACGGGUUCGACAUUCGACCAGAGGCAGUUGAGGCGCUACACGAGGGGCAAGAGAAGAGCCGGUGUGCCAAGAGUGCAAGGGAGGCUGCCCAGGGUGCCAAUGUCAUAGUUCUCAUGACCGUCUCCCACUUCCAAGCUCACUCCAUCCUCUUCACCGACGGCGCUCUCGAUAGCCUGGCGCAGGGUGCCGACAUCCUCCUCAUGGCCACCUGCUCCAAGCAAGCUUGCGCAGAUCUAGCCACGCAGGUCGCAGAAAGACGUCCCGAUGUCGGCUUCGUCGAUGCACCAGUCUCGGGAGGAACAGAGGGAGCCAUGACAGGUGGUCUGACGAUCAUGGCAGCGGCACAGGAUGAUGUCUUUGGUCGCGUCGAGCCCGUGCUCAGAAUCAUGGGCAGCAAGCUAUACCAUGUCGGCAAGCAAGUCGGACAGGGUAGUGCCAUGAAGGCGGUGAAUCAGGUGCUCUGCGGCAUUCAUCUGGCUGCCGCCGCCGAGGCUCUCGCACUAGCUGCUGCUUCGGGCAUCGAUCCUGAAGUGGCGCUGCCCAUUGUGCAGAACUCGGCCGCUUCGUCGUGGAUGCUGCAACAGCGUGCACCGCGCAUGCUCCAAAAGGAAGAUCCCGAGGUCAAGUCAGCGGUCAAUCUGUUCCUCAAAGAUCUAGACAUUGUCUCGCAGACGGGAAAGCAGGUCGGUGCAGCCCUGCCUCUCUCGGUGGCUGCUCUUCAGAUGUUUGUCUCAGCUGCUGCGAGAGGCGAUGGCGCCAAGGACGAUUCGCGCGUCAUCAAGAGCUACUGGGCUAUGAAUGGCCAGCUCUAGAAAUCAAGAG